AGAGCUCAUUAAAACCUUAGAACACGUCUGGCACGGACGUCAGUUGCAAUUGAAAAUUUAACCAGAUAACUUUGGUCGUUUAGUCGGGUCAACGUUGCUGUCAUUAUUUGUUACUGCUGUUAUUAUUGUUGUUGUUAUUAAAACUGUCAAAUUAAAUACUAAAAAAAAAAGAAACGAUUGAAGUUAUCCUUUGUAAAAGGAAUCUAAAAAAGAUACAAAAAAUACCCCCAGUGCCAUAACCAAAAAAAAAAAGAAAACACAGGACAUACUUCAAAGGUUUUCAAAACAAAACAAUAAAAAUUCUGUGCUGUCCAAGUGUCCUGUCCUAAUCUGUCCUCUCAUCUAAUGAAUGCCUGAAAAUAAUUACAAAACUCAAAUCGCAAAUUAAGAGCAGAUCCUGGAAAUAAAAGUGCAUUUUUUUUCGUCCUCCUGUUAGUUACGACGAAUGUAAAUCCACGAAGUUUUACCAUUUAUGAAACAAAAAACACAGAGAAAAAAAGCGAAAGCAAAAGGAAAAACAAAUAGAAGUGCGUUAACACAAUUUGACACAGAUUCUGUUGUGAUUUAUUUCUUCCUACAUUUUUUGGUUUGAAUUAAACAAAUAAAAAGAAAAACAUAAAAAAGCCUUUAAAAAUCCUAUCCGCCAGAGGAAUAAACAAAAAAAUUCUAAAAACCUAUCCAAAACUGCCUUGAUUUCCAAAGAAGUAAAAAAACAAACAAAACAAAAUUCCAAACAUCAAUCAAACAAAUCUCCUGCAAAAGAAAAAAACGGCUUUCAAACCCCUCUAAAGAUGACUGCCCAAAAACCCCAGAGUAUGGCAUCGCAUCCAUCAUUGCCGGCCCUCAACAAAAAGAAAAAGAAGAAUAAUCGCAGUUGCCAGCAAUCAUCCUGGUUCCAGCAAUGGCUAUCAUCGCCUGCCUCGUUACCAUCAGCGCUGAGACCCAACCUGUCAGCAAUGCAGCAAAGUGUGCUGCUGAUAUUUUGUUGCAUCUGUUUAAUACAAUUUGUCGCGUGUCUGGAGGAAGAUUGCAUUGAUUUUCAAGGUAACUCUGUGAACCACGGCAUGUUGUAUGUACCAGGGCCAGGAGUUUGCAGUCUGUGUGUUUGCUAUCAUUCAGAGCCACUGUGGUGCAAAGCCAUUUACUGUGAUCCACCAUAUUUCUGCAAAAAUUUCCGUGUUGGAGAAAGGUGCUGUGAGUUCGAAUGUUUAGAUCCGCCCGGCGAAGAUAAUAAAUAUCAGGAACGCAUGCGCAAACGAGCUGAAAUAUUGGCUGGAAAUAGUACGGCCCCAACAACCCUAUCACCAUUGGCCGUCUCAACAUUGAUGUUAACAUUUCUGGGAAAUUCUUUGCUAAACUUAUAACUUGAGCCAAAUAAAUAAUUAAUUAAUUAUAAACAAAUUCUAUAUACAUAAUGAUAAUAUUAAUUAACAAUUAUUCUUAAUUAGAUAAAUGCAAAAUUAUUAACAUACAACAAUGAAAUGAAAAAUUAUUGUAAAAAAAAAAAACCAAAACUGAAACCAAAUAAUACGAAUUCUCUAAGAAAACAAA